GGGUGAGUACCUAUGUAGGUUGUGGUUAGUAGGUUAGAAGUUUAACAGUUUUCCUCGUAUGUUUUUGAUGACGUCUGAUGGUAUUCGUUUCGUACACUGUGUCACGAUGAAUGGUUUCAUUCGUAUAAGACGAUAUAGGUAUAAUGUUAAAUAAAUUUAAAUUACAGUAGUUGUUUUUAUAGAUCAUUGGGUAAUUUUAUAGGGCUAUACCUAAAAUAAAUUAAUAUUUCUAUUUCGUCUAAUUACCAAUACAUUCGGGUUUAUUUCGUUCCUGAACGAUUCAGUUAUUUCUUAUCUGUGGUAAAUGUAUGUGGGGUGUACAGGUAACGUCAUUUUUGUGCGCCAUGUUACGUAGAUAUCGGUGACGUGCUUGGUAGGCUUUCGUCUUUUCUAGAAGUGUUUUUUUUUUCAAAGAAAUACCACGUUCGUGGUAAACGUUUAAACAAAUUGUUAUACUUUUGUUAUUUAUCAAAGACGCCAUUAACAGUUAAUAAGCAGAUUCAACGGGAUAUAAAUCAGAAUUUUGUAACGUCAUGUGAUUUAUCCGCCAUUUUGUGUUAAUAUUCUUGAGGUUAUGUUAAAUAUCAUACAGAAAUAAUUAAAGGUGGGUGUGUCAUUUUCGAUUUUGUAAAUUGAAUUGUUCUUAGUCGUCUGUUAGCUUUAGAAUUCUAAGACAGCGGAGCAAUUAUUUUUUAAGAUGCUACACAAUUUGUCAAUUUGGUCAGGUUUGACGCCAUUUUGAAUAAUGUUUUUUUAUCACCUUUUGUUUUUGUUGUGGUACCGAACAUAAAUAAGCUUUUUUAUAUAACCCAUAUUUCAAUUAUGAAUAAUGAUUAUUUCAAAAUAAUCGUGUAUUGUUUACCGAAUUAUUAGUUUGUUUGUAAUGUUAUCAAUGUUUUGUGAGAAAUGGGAUUUCAUAUUAAGUGCAUUAGGUGAACUGAAUAGGUAGGUGAAUUUAAUACAUUCUUAUAAUAAAAGCUUUUAUUAUAGUAGUAAGGUAUUAUUAUAGUCGAUAGGCACUUAGAUUGUAACUAAUGCGUAACUUUCAUUAAUUAUUCACUUUGAGGUUAUGCUUCAAUUUCUGUCAUACCACGCACACAAACAUCCCGACAAAUGCAAAGUGCUCUAAUUCUCAGAGCUGUUAAGAGUGGACAAAAGUCUGAGGUAGACGUGUGUAAUUAAUUUUCGUGAAUCGACUCAAUCGGCUUAGUAAAGUGAUGCGCUGAUCCGAAUGUCAACUUUGCUCCGAAUAGAUCAGUCGAUAAUCGCGUUCGUCGAUGAAGUAUAGUCCAAAUGAAGUAUUAACUGAUUAGAAUCUUUGCACUGAUUUAGAUGCAAAUCAUCCAAUCUUUAGAAAUAUCUAUACGUUUUUAGCAGCACUAGUCAGAGGGGGCAAGUUAAUAUUAUGGAGAAUGAAACAAUUAUGAAUUAAAACAGAUAUCCUCGGGACCUCCCCGCUCUUCCCUUCCGUAGCGACUAUCCAGACAGCUGCCAAAAUUGACUGUGGUCAUAACGGUCUAGGCAAGGACUCCCAAACUUUCUUCUAGAGCCUUCGCCGGACUUUCAUAAUAUUUUCAUGCCCCCCCCCCCCCCCCCCCAUUUAGCUUUCAUUUUUUAAUGUGCUCUUGUAUUCAGUACUCAGUGAACUACAUAAAUUGAAUUGUACUAUCGUCCAUUAGUGUUACUCAUUAUUAAAAUCCUUUGGUCAGUUGCACAAAUGUCCAUUAGGUUUAAUGAAGUCUUUAAACUCUAGCGAAUGUCAUGUUUGUAUGGGUUAUUUUAAAGUAUCAUUGGUUUGCAAUGACAGUUUAAAAUAAUGGAAAUUUUAAUGGACGUUUGUGCAACGCAGUUUACCUGAUAAAUUUGUUUGAUAAAGUUUAUUAUCUCCUACACUACGAUAGACGACGUCAUGUUUUGUAAACAGUGGUUGACAGAAUAAGUGAAUGCGAUAUUGUACAUAAUAAUUAAUUUUGAUUGUUUUUUUUUUAAUCGUUAUAUUAGUUUUUCUUUUGAAGAUACAAACGCUUUCCACUUCACUAAUGGGGGGUCGGUGAGUACGCCCCCUAGCUGUGUGUAAUUUGUUACAAAUAUAUUUCGGACGUCUGAAAGAUGAAUCUGCGGUGACAUUCAAAAUUCGUAUUCUGUUUAAUUCGAAAAUGCCCUUGGUGCCUCACUUUCGCACAUGGAGUGAAUUGUAUUAAGAGCCCUAUUACAUUUUCCCUGGGAUUUUUGCAUAAAAUGUUCAAUUUGCAAAAGAUGUCAUUGAAAUAUCAUUGAUUUAAUAUAGAAAAUAAAUCUUAUUAUCAACAAAAAAAAAAUCUAAAAUAGCUUUAAGGGGUCGUCCAUAAAUUACGUGAGAUGUUUAAGGGGGGGAAGGGGUCGAGGCAAAUCUCAUCUAAUCUUACGUUGGAGAGAGGGGGGGGUCUCGACAAAUAUCACGCAAUUUUUUUCUGAUUGAAACAAAAAAAUAUAUACUAUUUUGGUCCAUUUAAUCCAGAUUGUACAUGCUUAAGAUUUAAUCUUAAUCGUAAUCGAAUACGAUUAAGAUCAUUCACUAAUUCGUUCAAAAGAAAAUAAUUUCAUUCAUACUUCGACGCAUAUACAUCUACUGAAUGUCAAACCACCAUAUUUGUAGGGUUCGAACGAUACUUUCGAUACCGAGUAGGUAUCGAUACUUUCAAAAGCGAUACUCGAUACUGAGUACUCGAUACUACAACAAGGUAAAUACUCGCAAGUACUCAUCAAUUUUGAAAAAUCUCACGUGAGAUCGGUGGAUGGGGGAGGGGGUUGAAUAAAAUCUCACGACAUCUCACCAGGAGGGGAGGGAGGGACAGAAAAUUUAAAAAACACCUCACGUAAUUUAUGGACGCCCCCUAAGUUAACUGUAAACUUCGACUGUACGAGUUCAGUUUGUUCGGUAGUCGUGUAGUGAAUUUGUUUGUAUGUAUUUGUAAUAGAGCUCGGAUAGGUGAGGUUAUGACUUAAAUCAACCCAGUCACUAUUUUCUUAAUUUAACUUAAAAAUAGCAAUUAUGGAUAUUUCGUCACAAACGAUGUUGUAGUGAUAUUCAUUCUUUGUGUUGUUUUUUCAGGUUUGCAAUAAAAUGGAUAAAGUAUUCUGUUCCGAUAUUACGAGAGGUAAGACACAACAAAACAUUGACCUGAAAGAUUUAUGCAAGGUUGAUCCAGCGCAACCCAUAAAUAACAAAAAUACAAUUAAAGCAAAUUUCAAUAAUACUAUUUCACAGUUAUGUGACUUUCAACCUCGCAGUGACAAGUAUUAUGUACAGAAGAAGAAAAGUAAACUUAAAGUAAGAACAGUUCGUGAUAUAAGAAAUACAUUUGAAAAAGAUGUUCUUACUGACUUGCCGAAUUAUCUGGAUAGACAACAAAACCUCCUAUUACGAAAAAUCAGAGAUGGAUCUUCAAAAAAUGAUAAUACAAAAGUAAUAGCUAAAAAUAUACUUAAUGGUGAGGAACCUAUAACGAGAUCAUCUUGGCAAAUGUUAAUGAAUAUCAAUCCAGAAGAGCAUUUGCAUACUUUACAAUAUAUCAUGUAUAAUGGAAAACCUAUUCAAAUUAAUGGCUCCAAAGGUGGUAGGACUAAGUUUAUUUAUAAUUUGGACGCGGGUAAAGUAAAGAAAGCGCUGAAAAGUAGUUCCGAGAAAAAAUUUAAACCUUGUUACAAAAAGAAAUACUUGUUGCGAAAUUCGUUGUCCGUUAAUUUUAAACCUGGGCCUUUAACACGAAAGAAAAUGCUUGAUAAUUCGUAUCAAAAAUUUAAUGUAGGUAAAAUCGAAUUGGUGAAUUUACCAAAUGCAGGCUUAGAAAUUCAACCUGCUCAUGGUAGUACAUUGGACACGACAAUAACGAAUUUGAUAAAUAAUUUAAGAGACGUUAAUGGAUUUAUAUCAGAUAAAUGGGCAGAAUUUGCUGUCUCAGUUUUGGGAACUAAAACUUCUUCAAUAGUUUAUCAGUCAAAUGAAUCACCCGUGUGUUUUAAUCUAAGUUAUAAAUGUGAUCAGCGUAGAAUACUCAUGCGUAGAGAUCAGGAUAGAGAAAGUGAGCAAUGCAAAAGAGAUACUACGAAAUUAUUGAAGAUUAUGCCUACAGACGAAUUUGAUGUGAUCCCAGAAGUGCGAGUUAUGAUGAACAAAAUUAUAGAUGCUGUUGAGAUUGGUUUAAAUCAAGAUAACAUGUAUACUGGAGAAGAUGAAUCUAGAGAAGAGGUCGAAAAAGAUUCGUUAAACAGUACAAAUUAUAUCAAAGAUAAUAAAAAUAAAAGGAAAUAUGGUGAGCUGGAUAGACUUGAUGUAACUGUUAUUAGAUUACCGGAAAAAGUUCCAAAUACCAAUACAAGUGUUUGCCGUAAAUCAUUUUGUAUUUUAGGAUGUAUUUGCGAUUCAUUACAAAGCUCGAUUCCUUUAAAAAAUCACUGUGGCCGUAUUAGUUGUAUGUUUAAAUGUAAAUGUGAUCUGUCGAAGUAUAUUCCUGAUUACGACGGUGAAUGUCGAGAUCUACUACCAGGUUUAAUUAAUUUAAAAAAAGAGAUGAAUAAUAAGUUGUCUAAGGAGGAACAAAAAUUUCAUCAAACUGUUAUAGUAACUGGCAACCAAAGCAUAUUAUUGAAGUCAGAGAGGAGAAAUUGGAAAUCAUCAAAAAAAUAUGCAGAUUUCUAUAGAAACAUGAGUUUGAAAUCUGAAACAAAAAUAGAUCCCAUUCUAUCUAUAACGAUAACCAAAUUAAAUUGUGAAAAUAUAGAGCCUUGGUGUAUGGUCCAUAAUUUAUACAAAUGUUUUUGCAAAUGUAAAUUCACAGAUACUAUGGCAAAAGAAAAAAUAUUAAAUGAAACUGAAAAGGUCGUGGUUCAGAUCCAGGAUAAAGAUUUAUACAGUGUUGAAAAUUCUCUUGAUGACCGUAAAGGUCAGAUAGAAAAAUCUAAACCUCGCUUGCGAAGAGAAAACUAUCCUCCAAGUAAUGAGACGAUAAUCAUUUUAGAUGAUGAUAAUUCUUGUAGCAGUGAUAGCGUUCAAUUGAGAUCUAGAACACGCUCCCGUCGGGAAACACGGGUUGAGAAAGAUAUUGAUGACAUUCAAUUUGAUUCACAUAUGUGUGCUAGAGUAAAGCCGUAUGAUGGAAGGAAAUAUACACCAGGAUAUUAUCAAAAUGCUAAUUUCAAAAUUCAAGAUAUGGAGGUUAAUGAUAUUUAUUUGCGGAACAGAUUACAUGAAUUAAUGAACAAUAGUAUCCAGCAUGAAACAGAUACAACGCCAGAAACAACGCAAAUUAUCGAUACAGAAGAAAUGCUCCAAGAAAAGUCUAUAGAAUUAGAAAAUGAUGAAAUCGAUUCCAUUCCUGUGACAAUAAUAGAUAGUAGUUCUAAAGUUGUUGAUAGUAAUUUGGAGUCGUCAAAUUUAGAAAUGAUUGAAACAUCUGACAAACGGAUUUCAAAUAAACCUAAGUUAGUUGCAUGGCUAGAAUCAAGUUAUCAACAAUAUAAAAAACGCUUAAACUUGGGUAUUAUAAAAAAUACAUUGGAGCCACCUAAAAAGGGCAAAGUGUGUCUUUAUCCAUGGGAUUUUAUUUUAAGCAGAUACAGCGAACGAAAGAACCUUUUUUUGAUAUCUAAAAUUGAACCAUUUCGUAUUUUUAUGGCUGUAGAUAAUAAGAACCCACUGUUCAAAAAUUGCAUAAAUAUUGAUGAAAUUCGAUUUGCAGAUUUGUAUAAAUAUCCCGUCACUGUAAAAAAUUUAUUGACAAAUACUAGCGGUUUAAAAGACAAUUUUUGUAUUUUAUUUGGUUUGGCUCAUUGUUGGGAAUUGAUUGGUUCAGUAAUGAAAAUUAACGAAUCAAAAGAUAUAUCCUCGGACUACAAUGCUAUAACAGAUACAUUGUCAGAGCAAGCUAUCACUGAUAUAUCCAGCAUGAUCACAGAAGGAGUUGAUGAAGCUAGUUUAGAAGAGUCUGUGUCGGACGGGUCGAGUUUCUCAAAUUCGAAAGAAAACGUAUUAGAAUUGCUUUCUCCUAGUAAAAGCACAGUUUCAGACUCAUCAAAGUGGUUUGUUAUGACAGUAGAAAAUGAUUUCACAGAAAUCCAAUUUUAUAAUAAAGGUUUUUUCGUUAAAUAUGAAAGUAUUGUUAAAGCUAUAAAUGUUGCGAGGAUGUCGGGGAAAACUGUUAGAUUGUCUUCUCAAAAAUGUGCUGAUAAAUGCAAUAACCCUCAAUUUGGUAUCUAUGCGAUCCCUAACACUAAAGAGUAUUGCGUGUUUGUUGGCCCGUAUGAACACAAUGAAAGCUUAGGUAUAGAGACAGUGAAAACUAUUACGAGAGGUAGAAAACAGAGGCGAACUAGAGGUGUUUGGAUUAAUACUAACAAAGUUGACAACCUGAAAGUUAUUGACAAUCCUUUAUCGUUUAUGCCGUCGGAAGAUAUACAAAUGAAUGAAAUGUUGCCCAUAGAAAACAUUUUAACAGAAAAUUGUGAUAAUCCCAGUUUACCCCAGAUUUCACAGCCUGUCCUAAGGAAAGACAAAAAUAAUACUAUAAAACCGAUAAAAAUACGGAAAUCAGACGGGUUCUACCGUAUUGCUUCUAGAUCACUACUAAAAGUGACUUCCAAAAAUUACCCUGAAAAUGUUGGAACUACAAAUGUUUCUUCCCAGCCUCACUCUAUUCCAUUGGCGAAUAAAGCUGACUCGCCUUUAAUACUUGGGCAACCUAUACAUACACUUCCAAUAAUUAUUGCCCCGGAUACACCACUGGAAAAUGAGUCUACAUUAAAUGAUAUUCCCGUUAUAAUUAUGGAUUCCCAUAAAACGUCUGAUCAAAGUUUAUCUACAAACUGUGAUCGUAAGUUAAAUAAACCUGUGGCAGAAGUAGCCCCGCAAAUUAAAAUUGCUGCCGUGUACUCUGAAGCGACAAAAAUAUCGACUGAUAAUAAAAAAACAGAAAGGAUGGUUAUUUUGAAACCUGAAGAAAUAAAUAAAAGAUUAUUAGAUAAAAACAUGCCGAUACCGCAUCUGUUGUCUACUAGUAGCACAUCUGAAAACGACGCAAUGGAUAUUGAAGACUUUCUGGAGUCUUCAACCAUUUGUACUGCCCCAGACUCCCUAACUCUAAUUAUUUCUGAUGAUGAAGAAGAAUCGCCAAUCAAAAAUGUCUUGAUCAAAUGUACUAAUGUUCAGAAUCUAGGUUGCAUAGAAGGGCGCAUGAAUAAAGAAGGCGAAAUAAGUUUCAAGUUUCCAGGUUUCAAAUAUUCCGAUUAUUACCGGAAAACACUCGCAUUUGUGAAAAUUUUUCAAGUAUUAUCGAGAAAAAUUUACGUGCCCGAUAAUGUCACUUUAGAAUGGGAUAUCGUUGAAUCCAAUAUCAAAAAUGUCCGUAUGUUGCAAAAGGAAGAACUCGGCGCAGAUAUUGUAAGUAUCUCAAAAUGUUAUUAUAUUUCACUCAAAAUAAUAUAGGUAGAUAUAGAGGAACAUUUUGUAUCUUUUCUAUGGUGUAGUAUUAUUAUUAGAACAUAAUUUUCAUUUUAGAAAAGUUAAGUAGAAAAGUAGUCUUUCUGAAGUUGCUUUAUUGAAUCCAUCUUAUAGUAAAACGAGAACUAAAAUUACUACUUGGUGAAAAACAAUUAGCCGUCUAAAGUAAAUUGUCAAUGGCAGAAAAGAAAACGUGUAAUUGAGACUUGUAACUUAUUUUGGUUGGAAAUGGUUUGAACCUGGUACUAAAAGUUGAUCAUUUUAUAAUAAGAUUGUCCAUACACGAACUGUAUUAAGCCAACAUUAUCGACAAUUUGAAAUACUUCAUCUGAUAUUUCACUUAUUAUUUCAUUUAUAUUUUAGGUGCUUACGAGACAAGGUCUUAGUCACAAAUCUGUAGCCUUCAAUAAUAAUUCUCAACCAAGGACGUAUGCUAGAAAAACGCCUGCUGUACAAGAUUCAUCAUCAACGAUCGACGGGAAUAUUGAAGAUGUAAGCUUGAUACUAUUUCAAUUAAUUUAAGUUUGGUAAAAAGAAAUUCUCCAAAAACUACCUCGACAUGUUUAU